GCCCCAGGCGCCGGGGGGGCGGUUCGGUAUUAUCCGUGUAAUAGGGCAGCUAGCGCCGCGUUUGCUCCCGUCUACAGCUGCCGCGCUCGGGUCCCGGCUCUCGGCGUAGGCGCCGACGCGACGGUGGAAGCGUCUCUCCGCGGGACGCGUCUCUGCGGGGGCUCGGCCGGGGGGGGGCCUCUCCCGAGGGACAGGAUGAAAAUCCUAGUGGCCAAAGUGCUUUGUCUGCUGGGCGUCUUCGUGCUGAUGCUGCUCGGGUCCCUGCUGCCUGUCAAGCUGAUUGAGGCCGACUACGAGAAAGCUCACCGCUCCAGAAAGGUCCUCGCCCUCUGCAACUCGUUCGGAGGAGGGGUCUUCCUGGCCACCUGCUUCAAUGCCUUGCUCCCAGCAGUCCGGGAAAAGCUUCAAGAAGUCCUCAAGCUGGGGAACGUGACGACGGACUACCCCCUGGCCGAGACCAUCAUGCUGGUGGGGUUCUUCAUGACGGUCUUUGUCGAGCAGCUCAUCCUGACCUUCCAGAAGGAGAAGCCCUCCUUUAUCGACCUGGAGACCUUCAAUGCCGGCUCGGAUGUCGGGAGCGAUUCUGAGUACGAGAGCCCCUUCAUUGCCGCCUCUCACGGGCGCACGCUGUACAAUGAGCACAGCCACCACUCCCACAGCCACGGCCUGAACAUCCAGGAGCUGUCCCGCUCCAGCCCCCUGCGGCUCUUCAGCCUGGUGUUUGCCCUGUCGGCCCACUCCAUCUUCGAGGGCCUGGCCCUGGGCCUGCAGGAGGAGGGGGACAAGGUCAUGAGCCUCUUUUUGGGGGUGGCCAUCCACGAGACGCUGGUGGCCGUAGCGCUGGGCAUCAGCAUGGCCAAGACCUCGCUGGUACUGAAGGAUGCCGCCAAGCUGGCCGUGACAGUCAGUCUGAUGAUUCCCUUGGGCAUCGGCAUCGGCAUGGGCAUCGAGAGCGCCCGCAAUGUGGCCAGCAGCGUGGCUUCCGUGGUGCUUCAGGGCAUCGCUGGGGGGACCUUCUUAUUCGUCACGUUCUUCGAGAUCCUGGGGAAGGAGCUGGAGGACAAGAACGACCGCCUGCUGAAGGUCCUCUUCCUGGUGCUGGGCUAUGCCGUCCUCGCCGGGCUCGUCUUCUUCAAGUGGUGAGGGCAGAGAGGAGACCCCAGCUCCUUCCCCUCGUAAACGGUGCUGAUAGCCAGCCCCCUUUCCAGCCAGGCGGGGACGCGGACGCCAGCGCCCGGGUGAAGCAUCCGCAUCCAGACGGUGGCAACACAUCGACCUGAAGAGAGAAUGGUUCCCCCAAGGUCAAGGGAGAAGAAUCACACAAGGUGUUAUGCGACUGUCCCCACAUGCCACAUUAGCAGGGUGGGGAGAGGCUUGUACAGAGGCUACUGAAAGUAAUAUUUGUAAUAGUGAAUAGGGGCUUGAAUGUUGCUUCUGAAGGGAUCUCGACAACUGUUUGGCACAGAGCCGCCUCCCCUCCCACCCCCCAUUAAGAAUCCAGGUCUACUCUUUUCCAUCUUGGGCUUCACAAAGUGAAAGAUG